AUGAGAAAUGGUGGAUCUGAUGCAAGCAUGAGUUCAUUCUCCAUCACACGGAAAAAAACGCCGUUCCAGAAGCAUAGAGAAGAGGAGGAGGCAAAGAAGAAGAGAGCAGAGGAUGAGACUGCUCGCUUGUAUGCUGAGUUUGUAGAGUCAUUUCAAGGAGAUACUGCUCCAGGGUCAAAGACUUUUGUUCGAGGAGGAACAAUUAAUCCCAAUGAUAGAUUUAAAGAUGAUUCUGAGGGUGAAAAGUCCAAAGAUGGGGUAUCUGUUCCAAAGAAGGGAAGUAGUGAGAUGCUUGAAGAGUACUCUGUGUUACUGGUUGAGACUGUGCCCUUUAGUUUGGUUGAUUCCGUUGGUGCCUUAGGUGCACCUUUCUGGUUUAGGCGAGGUCUCCUGUUUGGCUCUUUUCUCAUGGCCUCCUCUGGAAUCCCUUUAGAUUCUGCCUCAGCUAUGAAUAUUCACAAACAUCCUUCUGACGAACUUGUUUCCAAUUACAAUGCUAUCACUCAUUGUCCAGCUAUGGUUGCAAGAUCAAGGCUGUGUUGA